ACCCCUCGAGUGUAACUCUGCCUUGAAAUGUUUCAGUUCGUUUUGCAUUGUGUUGGUUUUUUUACUCUCUGAAUGUUUUUCUGGUGUUUUUAUUACUAAAAUUAAGCAAAAAGUGAUCCUUGAGGUAUAUUUUAGUGCAAAAUGUGCCAAGUAGAGCAGGAAAACAAGUGGAUAUGUGAUUUAUCCUCCAAUAAUCCCGCCACAUUGCAGACCACCAUAAAAGAAAUCUACCUGGAAGCACUAAAGAACAAGAAACAAACCUUCAGCAACGUUGUGAAAGACUCUCUUAGAUUUCUGAUAGAGAAUCAUGAAAAUCUUUCAAAGAUUUCCCUGGAAAUUGGCUGCAAAGCCUUCUUUCAAAUUCUCGCCAAUUCUGGGGAAUCUUUCCUGGUGGAAGGCUUUAAUCUGAAAGAUUCGCGAUUGGCAGUGAAUUUGGUGAAUGGAAUACUAUCCACGGAUUACAGAAAAUGCGUGGAGGCUGAGAAAUUGCAAGAGAUUGUAGUGAAUGUUGCGAAAAUGUGUUCAAAGGAGCAUUCGAUCUUUGUUCUUUGGGCACUCAGGAACUUGGCCAAUUACUGCAAACUCCAUCCAGAUUUUGAGCAUGACCUUGAAGCUAUCCUUGAGAUUGUGUGGAUGAACAUGACAAGUUGCGUUUCGGGUGUUAGAGAGCAAAAUCUCUUCCUUCUAGAAUUCUUUACGAAAAAACGUCCGGAAAGGAGUAAAUUAGUCAUCCGGGUAAUAAUUAAACACUGGUCCUGGACAAAUCCCUACAAGUACUAUCUGUUAGGUGUUAUAAUUGGGAAUUUAAAAUUUGAAGACCUGGCAGAGGAUGAUUUAGAAUUGUUUUUAGAAGGUUUGUCAACUUCUUUAAAGCAUCGAAAUCUACUCUCUCCCGGGCAGUAUCUCUUUAAAUCUUUAGUAAAGCAUAGAGAAGUGGACAUUUGCAAGCUAGUUCGAGAUAUUCUUCUGACCAGAAACCUUCUGGAGGCGGACAAUUUCAUAAAUCAUUGGCUCUGUAUGUAUCCGGAUUUAGGAAGUCUCUUCGAAAAGCUCAAUUUUGACCUGGAAUCUAUGGAUCUGUCGCAUUAUAUCCUAGUCCGGAGGGCCUUCCGAGACCAGUUGGCCAGUAGUCCACUGAGGGAGGUCAAUCUGGACGGCCUGGAACCUGUCUUAAGGCAGCAUUUUUACGAAAUUCUCAUUCAUCGUCUUACAAAAUGCCCAGAAAUAAAUCAAACUCUAAGUAUUCUCCGGGAUUUCUUUAAAUUGCAUGCUUCUGAUGAGAACACAGGUCUCCGGCACUACAUCUUCAAGAGAUUCCCAGUCAUUCUGGAUCAAUUGGCCAGGAGAAACCGUGGAGAAUCUCCAGAAAUUUUUGAGUUUUUCCUGUUUUUGAAGGGAGAAAUUAUAGAUUCUGGACUUCAGAGUGAUCCGGAGGAGUAUCAGCCAAUUAUCUUCAGCCUUAGAAUGAUGGAGACGUUCCUUAAGUUCUUUUCCGGUGACAAAAAAUACCAAUUGACCAAGAAUUCUAAUGUUCAAGCAAAUAUUCAUUUAGGAGAGUUUUUAGCUAAAGAAGGAGUGAAAUUCUCAUCCAUAGAUGAUUUCACGAGGCUCCUUGAGCAAUUAAAGAGUAAUUUUGAUGAUAUUCAGGAGCUAGCUUGCAGUAUCAUAAGCGAAUUUUUUGUCGAAGAGGAAUUCAGGGAAGAAGUCUUAAAAAUUUUCAUGCAGACACUUUCCUCAGAAAAUACAAUAGAAUCUGCAGGUUCUUGUCACUUUUACGCUAGGAUUCUCUCUGAUAGACCUGGUAUGUUUCUGGAUGUUCUAGAAAAAUCCCUUAGGGAAGGCUUUGACAAUUUCCAGAAAGAUCCCUUCGCUGCUGUACAAUCUGGUCAGCAUAUCUUUCACAAAAUAGCCUGUUUGAGGGAAUUCGUCAUCCCUGACGAGCAAUUGAACCCUUUGGUAGACCUGUGUGCGGAGAUAACAGAGAAAAUCCUGAAAAUCCUAAAUCACAAAGGAGAAUUCGAAGAGGCGCCAAGUUUUGAGGUUAUGGAAGAAAGUUUGCAAGUUUUAAUUGAAAAAUCUAACGUAGAAGCUGUAGCUUCUCAUCAGGAAUCCAGGAAGCUUCUACUAUUGUCUCUAUGGAUGACCCUUAGAGCCUGCGGGGACUUUGCAGCUGCAAGUUCUCGGACUUCUCCUGGAACGAGAAUCUCUACCUGCCUCAAGAUAAACACAAGCAUUCUCCAGAGAUGCCGUCAUAAAGGAGCUAUUGAGGCAGCUGGGCUGUCCCUGGGUGCAAUUGUCCGCGUAAUAAGUGGCCAGGAAUGCCAGAUUGACUUCCUGGUCAAAGAAGUGGAAAAUCUCCUCACCGGAAAGAGGAAGCUAAGUACAACUCGACGUGGAGCUGGAUACUCAAUUAUGCUCCUAAAUCUCAUCCGAAAUGAUCAGUCGGAUGGUCGGAAGCUUCUCCAGUACGUCAUGAAGAUCCUCCUGAAAGGAUUACGCCAAGAAAAUCCCAAUCAGGAAAAUUACGACAAUCUUGAUAACCUGGAAGCUGUGAUGCUGCACUAUUUGUGCGUUCUGGUCAAAGACAGUUCUCUCGCUGAAGAUAUUCUCCCAUUUAUCCCUGAAAUCCUCUGGAUUGCUUUCCACAAAAUCGACAGCGAUGAAUGGACUGUCAGGAAUGGAGCUCUACAACUCUGUGGUGCUCUGAUCCCAAAGAUUGUUGGCCAGAAGACACACUUCCAGGAAAUUGAAGAAUGGCAGCCAGUAAAACUGUCCGUUGAUGACCUGAGAAUCCGUCUAGCAGACAUCAAUUCCUUUCUCCUGGCCACUCUCAGGAAUUUCAGGAAAAAUUCCACAACCAUGCUGAUCACAAUCCUCGAGCUUCUCUCAAGGAUCGAAUUCUGGUGGACAGAAAUCCAUUCCCCGGCUAACAUUGAGGCAUUCCGGGGGAUUCUCUGGACUCUCCUCUCUCAUCCUUGUCACAAAAUUCGGUUGCUUUCAGCAAAAUGUUUCGCUGGUUUCCACGAAUUUCAUCAAAUUCCCGGGAUUAUCUUCCAGCUAAUCAAUAUUUUGCCUGAAAUUACUGACCUGAACACAUUUCACGGAUUCAUCCUGGCCAGUGAUGCCCUAACAAGGAAGUACAGAUGCGAAAGUUUCGCUAUUCCUGAGCACAGUUCCUCCGAAUUUCUUACUCACCUGCAAAACGAGAUUCAGAGAUGUUGGAGCAGUCUUCCGGAGCGAAAACUCUGUCCUUUUAUCAGGAUUUACCUAAAGAAGUACCUCAAGUUCAUUGAAAGCCCUCUGGCCAAUAAAAUCCUGAUUGAACUCUUAGAUGUGUAAUCAACUUAUCAAAAUUUAUUCUAACUUGAAUAAAAAUUUAGAAAUAAAA